UCGCUAGUGUAGAUGAUUGCCUAUUGGUAGCAAGCGGUAGCCAAUUUAUUGUACUGUCCUGCAUGCGCUGACGGGUCGACUUGCCGCAAGUCUGUUUGAAAAAAAAGUGUAAGUUUGAACAUAUGACCGUGUUGUAGCCGUGCCUGUAUCUUCACAUGUCCCUUGCGAUAUCCCUAUCGUUUAUACAUCCCAUGUGCCACAAAUGCAUUGCCGGGCAUCGACACAAUGCCAUUGCCGACCACCCACCACCUGCCGUCGCUGCCGUUGAAACGCGUUUUUGCGGACAUCCCCGGGGCACCCUGCUCGCGCGCGCCACUUUGGCUGCCGCCCCCCUUCUGCCGCCGCGGGCGAUUUGGCCGGGUCUUUACGGUGUGCCGCUUGACCGCUGGUCCGGGAAACUGGGUGGCGACCACAGAGGAGCAAGGAGAGGCAUCAGCGGCGGGCCAAGAUUGUUCAAGAUGACUCAGACGGCCACCUAAUCUAUCGGAUCGGCGACUGGCUGCAAGCGAGAUGUACAGCUCCUUCCGUAACCAUUUAGCGCUCUCUAGUGUCAAAUUUUUUUUGUCAGAACCUGUCAUAGUAUUUUUGUGUGUUUCUUCACAUGUUUCCUCUCUCGUUCUUAUCAUCUGUUACUUACGAGCACCAAUUAUUCAGAUAACAUGUUUUGAUGUUAUGGUGCAUUUCAUCACAAACGCACAAGCAUAUAGUUUAACGUAAACCUCGCACAGCAAACACCUUGUGCAGAUCUGAAAGGCAAUAUUUACCUUUGCAGUAAUUCAUAAUUGAAAAGUAUUUUUUGUUUGCGUACAGUUGUCACUGACUUUGUGUUUGUCUUCCUGUUUAGAUGAAGUUAUUUCCACCUUAGGGGAAGGGACCUUUGGUAAAGUUGUUCGAUGUGCCGACCACCUCGGGGGCAAAUCUGAGGUGGCUGUAAAAAUUAUAAAAAAUGUGGACAAAUACAGAGAAGCCGCAAAGUUAGAAAUCAACGUGCUCGAAAAAAUCAACGAGAAACAUUGCGAUGGCAAACAGCUGUGUGUGCAGAUGUACGACUGGUUCGACUACCAUGGCCACAUUUGCAUCGUCUUCCAGCUGCUCGGCCUCAGCACCUUCGAUUUCCUCCGGGACAACCUCUACCUGCCUUUCCCUCUCCAUCAAGUGCGGCAUAUGGCCCACCAGCUGUGCCGCGCCGUCAAAUUUUUGCACGACAACAAGCUGACGCACACCGAUCUGAAGCCCGAGAACAUCUUGUUUGUGAAUUCCGACUUUCACGUGAAGUACAACUCCUACAAGAGAAGGAACGAACGCACAGUGAAGGACCCGACCCUGCAGGUCGUGGAUUUCGGCAGCGCGACCUUCGACCACGAGUACCACAGCACAACGGUGUCGACGCGCCACUACCGCCCGCCCGAGGUCAUCCUCGAACUCGGCUGGUCCCACCCUUGCGACGUGUGGAGCCUCGGGUGCAUCUUCUUCGAGUACUACGCAGGGUACACACUGUUCCAGACCCACGACAAUAUGGAGCACUUGGCAAUGAUGGAGAGGAUUCUGGGACGGAUUCCCUCUGACAUGAUCAGAGCGACGAGGAAGCAGAAGUAUUUCCGUCGCCGGCGGCUGGACUGGGACGAGGAUGGCAUGGCCGGCAGGUUCGUGCGUCAAAACUGCAAGCCCCUGAAGCGCUGUAUGCUGGCCUCCAGCCAGGAGCACUUGGAGCUGCUGGACCUGCUGCAGCGCAUGCUGGAGUACGAGCCGUCCCGACGCAUCACGCUCGCGCAGGCGCUGCGCCACCCCUUCUUCAGCGGCAUGGAUCCCUACUUCCCUCCCUCCGCGUGCGAUCUGAGCGCUGGAGUCGGCGCACGCGACCUCAGCCGGUGACUGAGCCGUGCUCGCUAGCGUCGCCCGACAAUGCCGCGCUCCGGCGCCUCCCGUGCCUGUCCUUCAGCCGGCGGCGCGCUCGCGCAUUCGUCUUUGCCACCGGUGCGAUACGGCCGACGGCCGGUGCGGCAGCUUUGCCUGCCCCAAAGCUCACUUGGCUCUCCCCGAAGCUUGCUUGACUUUCUGCAGGAACUGGGGGGGGGGGCCGCUUGCGAGAAAUGCCGCAGCUACUACUGCUGCGGCCAGUAGGGGGCCGUCGUUGCAGAACUAAGACUCGCGAGGAGUGGUGAAGCCGUGAUGAGGAAGACGUGUGCCAAAGCAAUGAAGGCUGGAGUGCUGGCCGUCAAUUCUGAAGACUGCCGCUAAAACAAUUGCUCGGCACCAAGUCGCGUCGUUUGCAUUGCGGAGUUCAUUGCGGCUCUGUUUUGGCGGUUCUGGUUCGUACAACAAAAGCUCUCCCCAAAAAAUGAUGUUGGAUAAAUCAGAAGUGUUUUUAACAAUCCGAAGAGGGCUUGGUCCACAGCGUGAGGGGAGGGUCAUAUUUUCUCGAUAUAAAACUCUCAUCUCAAGUUGAGGUCGUAUCACUCGUGCAAAGUUUGAAUGUUUUGUUGACGAAAACAAGUGGAAGGUAAUGUACAUAAGUUUGCCUUGGAGGUUGUGUUUUUUAAGUGUGUGGUGUCGGUGCCUGGCAGCAUGCAUGCAUGCGUGUGUUGUGAAUAAGAGCUGAGGAUCUGCAUCGCCUCUUCGGCAGAGGCCCUGUGAUGCAUGCAGUUCAGUGGCUGAGAGGCUUCUCAUUGCGCUGGCAUGGAAGUGAAAUGGCUAUCAAGUGUUAAGCGCAGAGCCACGGCCACUGCCUCGCACGGGAAUCCCCUUAUCCCUCCAAUCUCCCUCCACCAGUUAAUUGGCAAGAGCGUGGAGGAGUUCCCAUACCUCAGCAGUGUUGUUACGACGAGCCCUGGUUUGGCAGUGGAGGUUCCUUUUCAAAUUAGUUGUUGCAUCUUUUAUCAGCUGCGUAACACUUUGGGCCUGGUAAAUUGCUCAAUUCCAAGCUCCAGGUUUUCUUCGCCAGUUUUUACCACUCUUUAUGUGGAGGAGGCUUGUGAAGAACGCCACAGCAUCUUCUUGGUUCUUUUGGUAAAGUCACGUAGAAGGGAAAUAAUACAAAUAAAACAAUACAAUUCUCACGACGUUUCGACCACAACACAAGCAGCCCGUCCUCAGGUGAAGACAGAGCUGUCUGAAAGACAGCGCUCCAAUGAACACUGCUAAGCUUGGCAGCGUAUUUUAAACUGUGUGGGAGGAGAAGAGUGCCUUGACAAAGGAGUUUACAUAUCAACAGAAUAAUUUUGCAUUGAAUAAGCCGUGUUAAUGUGAGAGAAUUAGCAGGAUGUUAAAGUCAGAAAUUAGCAUGUAACUGGUAGAUUCUUUAGCGGCAAUAUACUAAAUGCCUCUGUUGAUAUGUAAACUCUUACUUUAACACAGCCACUUCCGUGACCAGUUACAUGCUAAUUCCUCACAUUAACAUCAUGAUAAUCUCCCAGUUACAUGCUUAUUUCUGACUUUAACAUCCUGCUAAUUCUCUCACAUUAACACGGCUUAUUCAAUGCAAAAGUAUUCUGUUGAUAUGUAAACUCCUUUGUCUAGGCGCUCUUCUCCCACCCAGCAUAAAAUACGCUUCCAAGCUUAGCCGUGUUCAUUGGAGCGCUGUCUUUCAGACAGCUCUGUCUUCACCCGAGGACGGCUGCUUGUGUUGUGGCCGAAACGUGAGAAUUUAAUUUUAUUAUGUUUAAUUUUUAUUAUUUCCCUUCUACGUGACUUUACCGAAAGAACCAAGAAGAUGAAUCCCUGCAGUCACGACAGCUUUAAAUCGAAACGCCACAGCAGUUCGAGGCAAUCGCCCUCCGAUAACAACGGGCAGAGGAGCGACGCUCGUAACAACGAGCGGCGUGUUUGGCGGACAACGUAACUUGGCAGUGGGGAGCACAGGUGGUGCAUCUGCCAGUCGUCUCGGUCAACCUACAAACGCCUCGGCCUAUCCUCUCACUUGGCAGUAGCGAGAGCCUUGCACACUCCACAUGGUCUCAACGUCCACCAAGCCUGGCACAGGCGCCGUGGUGAUGUUACAACCAUCUCGUGGUGAAUGGCUGCUGCCCCAAUCGCUUAACGUAGUGAAGUACUCUGAAAUGCCCCCGGCUUGAAGGGCGGGGGUGAUUAUGAGUUGAGUAGUCACUAUGAAUCUACUUAGAGUGGCUAUGCCAUUCCAUGCCUGUGUGCGUACGUGCAGGUGCGUGAGGCUUGUGUAUGGCUGCCCGGGUCGUUGGUAGGUUGUGGCUGUGCGAGAGACGGCCAUUAUAUUGCCUCUCGCCACAGCCAAACCUGAGAAUCGGAUGCACCGGAUGUUUGGCAAGUGUCGGAUAUAAAUAUAUUUGUAUACAGUUUUUAGGAAACGGUGUAAAUAAGUUUUUAGAAAUAAAGGCGGCUCUGUUUACA